AUGCCUCGAAAAAAGGCAGCAGCUCCUCAGAAGGAGCGUAAAUCCAGUUUGGUUGUGACAGAAGAUGAAGAUACUUCAACUGUUGCAGAUAACGAGAUGGAGGAGUUCAUCGACUCGGAAUCUAAAAGUGGUGCUCCUACAGAGAGUGAGGUCACAGAGAGUGAGGUGACGACGAGCUCUGAGACCACGGAAGAUGAAGAUGAGGUGUCGGUGGAUGAUGAGGGCGAAGAAGAUGAAGAAGAAGAAAGUGAAAAUGACUCUGACGAAGAAGAUGAUGCCGAUGAGGAGGAAGAGGAAGAGGACGAAACAGAUGAUGAUAAUGAAGCGGAGGAAACAGAUGAUGAUUCUGAUGAGGAGGAAACAGAAAGUGAUACUGAUAAGGAGGAAGAGCAGAUAACAAGAGAUAACGAUAAUAAAGAAGUGAAAAAGAAAAAGAAAGAAACUGAAGGCAAAAACAGGGUGAAUUCGAACACCCCUGAUGCAAACAGUGCGCUUGCAAUCGAGGAACAUCAAAAAUCGGCGAAGCCAUUUGCUUCGGCUUUGCGCGAGUCUCGUGCAGGAACUUUGGACUUGAAAAAUGAACCUAUGGACAUCGAUUCUGCCAGAGCUUUCAUGUCUUCUUUAAAGAUUGAUCCAAUGUCUCCAUCUGUAGGAGCCGCGUCAAUGAUUGAGCCAGAACAUUUUAUUGAGAAUCCAUUCGCUGAGCCUGAGGAAAAAGAAAAUGCGGUUACUCAAGAUGCACGAAAGAAGCGUCCAUUGCCUAUGGCAUCGACAUCUGCCAACACAGACAAGUAUCGGACAGCAGCAGAAAAUGCUAAUAAAGUCAAUGAGGCCGAGUAUGACUUGAUCCUUGCACGCAUGGUUUCUCAAAAUCGCAAACUUAAUCUCGAUCCAAGAUCGAUGCGCCGAAAUGCUGUGGGUAUGGGAAAACUCCAGGAGAGUUUUGAGCGUCUACAGCGAGAGUAUCAUUCACGAAAUGAGGCAAAUGCAGAAGGCCUGGGAGUACGGAGCAAGGAAUUUGGCUUGUCUGACGAUGAUCAGGAUGCAGAGCAUAUCGACUGGGAGCUUUGGGGCGGAUUGAUCAAGAAUUUUAGCACGGUGCUUGCCACAAGUCCUAUCGAACUUAGUAAAGCUAUUUAUGCUGGUGUUCCGCACUCAUUGCGAGGCAUGCUUUGGCAGCUGCUUAGCAGCAGCAAAGACGAAGAGCUCGAGACACAAUAUAAGCGCUACUUGAACCAACCAUGUUCGUAUGACUCGGCCAUCCGACGUGACUUGAACCGCACAUUCCCCACGCAAGAAUUUUUUCGCGAUGCUAAAGGUAUGGGCCAAGGUAGUUUGUACCAUGUUGUCAAGGCUUACGCAUUGUAUGAUCCAGAAUGCGGUUACUGUCAGGGCAUGCAAUUUAUCGUUGGACCACUGCUGCUGAACAUGCCCGAGGAGGAAGCUUUUUGUGUUCUUGUUCAUCUAAUGGAAAAUUAUGAUCUCCGAGGCCACUUUAUCCCUAAUAUGCCGUCCUUGCAACUUCGACUAUUUCAAUUCGACAGGCUCGUCGAAGAUAUGCUUCCUAUGUUGCAUGCCCAUUUUUUGCGCUGUGGCAUCAAGAGUACUAUGUACGCCAGUCAGUGGUUCAUGACACUCUUUUCGUACCGUUUUCCUAUGGAGAUCGUGUACCGGAUUCUGGAUGCCGUGUUCUCUGAAGGUAUUGAUGCUGUUUUCCGCUUUGCCAUUGCACUUCUUCGCAAAAAUGAGGAUAAGUUGCUUACCCUCGAUUUUGAAAACUGUCUUGAUUUCGUGAAAUUAAACCUGACGCGGGUGUAUUUUGAUAUCUCAGAUGAUGGGAAGCACAAGCAUUCGCAGAUAUCUGAGCUGGUACGCGAUGCUUUUCAAGUCAGGAUCACUCAAUUCACGCUCGACACAUACGCCAAUGAGUUCUAUGAUCAGGUCAAUGCCGCCAACAGGAAAGAACUAGAAAUGGAUUCACUUCGCUUGCUCAAUAGAAAUCUGCGACUGCGUGUACAGUCGCUAGAAGAGCAACUUAGUCACCUCAACACCGAACACGUACAGCUCGUAAAACGCGUGGUGACAGAGAAGCUGUCUCAUGAAGAAAUUGCUGAGGAACUAGUUCGCUAUAAGAUCAUGUACGCGGAAGCAGUUCUGCAAAAUGACAAGGGCAGGCGCCCCACGCAAGCCUCGACUCCUACUAUACCCACACCUUAG